AUGGCCGUCGCUCCAGCAAAUCUUUCCUAUUCACGUCUUCGACAGCGUCAGCGUAAAGCUGCUCCACCAGCUUUAUCACUCGGAGCUCUACAAAUUCGAACACCUCGUCGACGAGUAAAUCAUCAUCCAAAAGUCGAAUCUGUUUCGCCGACAAACAUGUCAAGGGAUGAUCCGCCAUCUCCUCCUCCAAAUCCACCUCCAAGUCCAUCGAUGCUUAUUGAGCUAGAUGAUAAUGAUUUCAAAAUCUGA